UCUCUCUCUCUACACUAAUCAAUCCAGGUCAUGGGUUAGAUCAAACGAGGAAACCCCAAACCCUAAUCCUGAUCCAACCCAGAUGGUUAAUCUCUCUAGAAGCUAAUUAUCCUCUUUGCCAUUCUCUUGUCUCGAAUCAAAGACAUUCAUGGAAAGCUUCCUUCGGCGGAGCUUUUCGUACGAUAAACUCCCCACGUUUCCCAUUAGGCUCUCCGUUCUCAAACUUGACGGUUCUUCAUUCGAUGUUCAAAUUAAGAGCACGGCCUCCAUUGGGGAUCUCAAGGUCGCCAUAGAGGAAGCAUUCGAUCACGUCCCCAAGAAAGGACCCGCCGAGAUUUCAUGGUCUCACGUGUGGGGACAUUUCUGCUUGUCUUUCAAGGGUCGGAAGUUAGUCACUGACACGGACUGCGUCAGCAGCUAUGGCGUCGAGGAUGGUGAUCAGAUAAAGUUCAUCCGGCAUGUUUCAGGCGAUGCCGCCAUAGCGAAAGGAUAUUCGAAGAGACUGAAACAACAAAAACCGUCGGAACUGCUACUAGGACUAAAGAACCAAGGGGACAAGGAUCGAGAAUGGAAACUUCUAGAAGGGUCUAGAAGCUUCUGA